GCACAAAAUAAUCUCCUCCUGAUGGGUUUAUGUGAGCAUAUGCUUUCUUUUCUAGCAUGACAACCUGAGCAAGCAAAUGAAGGUGCAAAUAACCCUUUAAGGCUUUUAAGAGAAUAUGACUAAAUCAAAGGCAGUAAUCAUUUCAGACAGAUAAUUUAGAAUCUAAAGUCGAUAAGCAUAAGAUUAUAUCCAAAACAUUAUUCAGAACCAGAAUUUCUCAUUGAAAUGGGCUGAAUAAUUAAGAGACAUAGCUCGAUCACCCGUUAUAUAUAUACAUUCAGAAUCAAAAUUUCUCCUCCCAAAAUCAGUUCAACCAUUCCAUCCUGACCUUAGCUCUCUCCCUCUUCCAUUCCCAUGAAGUAUGACGAGCUCAACCACUUCAGCCACCCACAACAUAAGCUGCGUUUUGAGUACUCAGAGCUUCCCUUCAAAUGCGACGGUUGUCGCGAAGUCGGCAUUGGCUCUCGCUUCAAGUGCUCUCUCUGUGACUUCGAUCUCCACACUCACUGCGCCGCCGCCACCGUCGGCGCCAUCGCCCUCCGUCACCCUUUCUACCCCAAAUGCCGCUUCUAUUUCUUCCCUUCCCCUCCAGGCGACUCCCCUCGCUACUGCAACGCAUGCGGCCGCAACAUCGCCGGCUUCGUCUACCACUGUCGCACAUGCGGAUUUGACCUCCACCCCUGUUGCGCCGCCCUCCCGCACGUGCUCAAUGCCGAUGGCGGCCUCCGCCUCCACCUUCAACGCCGGGCUUCAGCGAAUUGUCAUAGGUGUGGGCGGAAGGGGAGGAGCUGGAGUUAUAGGAGCGAGUGCAAAAAGUAUAAUUUGCACGUGGCUUGCGUGACGGAGAUGUUAGUGGAGAGCUGGCAUGAGCUCUAUUAUGGCGGCGGCGGCGGCGGCGGUGGAGGAGGGAAAAAGGUUAUGGUGUCGGGGAAUAGGAUUCCAGCUAUUAGAGGGGCGGGGAUGAGUCAUCACCGGAGCGGGAAGGGAAAGGUGAAGAGGUGCUGUGAGUUGGCUGCGAUGGCGGUGCAAUUCGUUAUCUCCGCCGUGCUCGGGGAUCCGACGACUGUGAUUGCGGGGGUUGUUUCCUCCUUUCUCUUUCGAUGAUGAGUGAAGGUGAAUUUUAAAUUGAAUGAAUUAUCUGUAUUCGUUCUGCUCUGUAAUUUUUUUUUUUGGAUCUGUUUUGAGGCUUAGAUGAGUAAUAUAAAGCUAUAAAAAAAUCAUAUAUGUAAUAAAAUUAUAUAUAUGCAGAAGGUGUGUUUAGUCAUCAAAGCAAAUGAAGCCCUCUCUUUUUUUUA